GUCCCAUUGCGGAGGUUGCAGAGAGAGCCCUGCACUCCGCGCUUGGACUGUGUUCUGGGCGUGGGGGCUGACAGAGGCUGGGGAGGAGCCCCAUCCCAGCUCCUGCGCCACGGACCCCGCCCGCGGGACGCAGGAACCAAGCGAGGCGGUGUGCUCCACGGUAGUCUCAGCGCCGCCGGGCAGGUUUGCGCGGGGCAGGUCGCCCGAGUCCCUGGGGGUGGAGUGCAGCGUGGGCGGGGCUCACUGCUGCGGCUCCGUGGGCCAGCUCCCGCGGGCGCCUGCUGCCCGGCCUUUCCACCCGAGGUCCCAACAGAGAUGACCGCCAGCAAGCGGGUGGCCAAGGAGCUGGAGGAGCUUUCGAAGCAGCUUCCGCCGUACCUGCGGCACCUGUCCAGCGAUGACGCCAACGUGCUGGAGUGGCGCACGCUCCUGCUGCCCGAUCUGAGCACCCAGGUAUUGAAUCUGUCACACAGCACCCAGGUAUUGAAUCUGUCACACAGCACCCAGGUAUUGAAUCGGUCACACAGUACCCAGAUUAGGAAACUGAGGUUCAGGGGUGAGAUGUGGCUUACUCAUGGCAACAGGGCAAAGCCUAGGGUCAGACUUUCCUGCCGGGCAGGCCAGUGCUCUUGUGACCAACUUCCCUAUGGACUCAAGGCCUUCAGACUGCAAAUUGAUUUCCCCAGGGAGUAUCCACUUAAGCCUCCCACUUUAAAAUUCAUUACCAAGAUCUACCACCCCAACGUCGGAGAGGACGGGCUGGUGUGCCUGCCCCUCAUCAGCAGGGAGAAUUGGAAGCCUUAUACCAAGGCCUAUCAAGUCUUGGAGGCCCUCAACGUUCUCGUGAGCAGACCGAACCUGGACGAGCCCGUGCGUUUGGAGCUUGCUGACCUCCUGACUCAGAACCCCGAGCAGUUCUGGAAGAAGGCGGAGGAGUUCACGCUUCAGUUCGGAGUGGACCGACCCUCCUGUGGUUCUGAGGCCUCUCUGCCCGGAUCUUCCGCUUAGUGGGCUGAUACCACAGUGUGGUGGCGGAGGCCUUUGGAGGCUCAAGUUCUCCUUUGGAGCUGCUGAUAUGGCCCCCAGUGUGUGUGGAGGGGCGGGCUGGGCCUGUGUGGAGCGUGCUCCUCCCCCGGCUCAUGGCUGUAGAUGUGCCAUCCCCACAUCCUUGGUGGCUCCGGGGAAGUUAGGUCUGCACAGUUUCAGGUUUGCUUGCUUUCCAGUUCUCCAACUUAGGCCAGGGCAACUGGCAGAAAAUAGAACCCAGGCCUGGAGGGGUGGGUGAGGGGGGCAGGACCGUCCCCGGAUGGCAGAGUCCACAAAGGUGCCACAUUCGCUGCUGAGUGAUCAGAAUCAACCACACUUAGGAGAGGCAUGCCCAUAUUUACGUGUUAAACAUUUCAUUUUCUGCUGGCGAAUCUCAAAAUAAAGAGUCUAACUGCCCUCCGUCCAGAAA